AUGGCUUCGCUGGUAGUUAUUGACAACUCAACUAAAACGAUCGUUGAACCAUGGUUUAUUCCUUUCGAUAUUUUCAUACUUUCCUGUAAUGUUUUAUCUGUUACAAUUGCAAUACUUCUUUUAAUUAGAAUUAUUUCUGAUAAAACAUGUCGAACAGUUCCAAUGCUGCUUGUUGGUAAUUCAUGCUUUUCUACACUUAUAUUUGGUAUUGCUAUGAUUCUUGUGAUUUCACUUACUCUUGAAAAAGAUCUCAAACAAAUUCAAUAUUAUGAUACACUUUGUAUAUUUGCAGGGUAUUUUAGUCAUGUUACAUGUGCUGCACAGAAUUAUUCAUUUCUGUUACAAGCAAUUUAUCGAUAUUUUCUAAUUGUUCAUCCUUUUCGUUUUGUCUGGCAUUCAUGUCGAAUGCAAAUCUUAUUUAUUUGUAUAGCAUGGGUAUUUGUUUUUGUCUUUCCAAUGCUAUAUUUAUUCACUGGUCAAAUCGUUUAUAAUGUCAAUAAUCAAGUAUGUGAAUUGCAUCAUAAAUUAUCUUUCACAGUUAUUUAUAUGGGGCUUUGUCUCUUUGGAAUUCCCAUCUCAACAAUUAAUAUUAUCUAUUCUAUAUUAGUUCGAUAUGUUAAGAAAAUGAAUGCAAAUGUAACGCCAAAUAAUACAUUAGUACGUGCACGACGAGAAUUAAAAAUGAUUCGACGUACAGUUAUACUUAUAUCGAUUGUUUGUACGGUUUGUUUUCCAUUUCAAUUGUUUCUUGUAAUGUCAUUCUUCAAUCGUGAACCAAAAUAUAAUUUUCGAAUUGCUUAUAUAUUUGGUGAACUAUCAAAAUUAUGUGUGAUCAUUACUUUGUUUCUAUUUACAGAUCAAUUGAAAGCAUCUGUCAUGAAAAUAAUACCCAAACCGACAUAUACAAUCGGAACAACAACGUUAUAA